AUGACCUAUGGAAGAGCUCCGAAAUGGUCAAACAAACUCGUUGUGAAGCACGCAUUAAUCCACACCUUUGAUGGACUUAAGCCGGAUCUCUGUGUCUUUAUUGAGGAGAUUGUUAUAGUAACGUCUUUAUCCCAAGAUUGUACAAAUGCUUCUGAGAUGAAAAAAGAAAGAGUAGUCCGCUUAGCAAAUCAAAGUCGAAAUCCGUCAGAACCUAGUUUUAGUCGAAAUGGAAGUCGUAGCAGCGGUAGAACAAGGGAAUCUUCUAAUAAACGUGCUAAAGAUCGAGAAAGGCAUUGUGAAAAUGAGGAUACUCAUCCGCUUCGACACAUCAAUAAGCCUUCUUGGUUAGUGACCAUAUCAAAUUCGAGUCUACCUUUUUAUAAGGCGAAGAUAGUGUAUCUAAAACGCCAUUUUGGAUCCUAUCAUUUUGAGAGAAUAACUCAAGGUGAUGAAGAAUGGUGUGUUUAUUUUGCAUCAGAAUCCCAGGCUCGUCGUUUUUUUAAAGAAAACAUCAAGAAACGGGUGUUUGAUUGUGAAAUCCACUUGAACCUUUAUCAUCAAAACAAAAAACUUGACGAUUCAUCUUCAUCAUCUCACCAUAGUCGAGAGAAACAGAGCAAAAGUAGUAUUUCG